AUGGCCGCCCGGAGUCUCUUCCUCCUCCUCCUCCUCCUGGCGCUGCCGGUGCCGCCCCCGGCCAUGCCCGACACCCCCGGCCCCGGCUGCCGCCUCCGCUGGGUCCCGGUGCCCCUCCCACGAGGGGCGGGGCGCUGCCGCGCGGGGGGCGUGGCCUCGCUGGGCGCAUGCGCGGGGUACUGCGAGUCGCGCGCUGGCCCCGCCCCCCCCGCGCUGCUGGACGCCGGAGGGCGCCCCCUGCUGGCCGAGGCGCGCUGCUGCACCAUGGAGCGCGUGACCAGGGUGCAGGUGACCCUGCGCUGCCCGGGCGGGUCGCGGCGGCUCCGCACGGUGUCGGCCGGGUCCUGCAGGUGCGACAUGUGCCGGCUGGGCCGGUACUGA